AUGCCUACCAGUACGGCUCGCGCAUCCCCCACAACGUCGCUGUCGCCGUCCCCGGGCCCGGGCAGGUCGCUGCUGUUGAGAAUCAAGUCGCCCUUUUUCGGCUCCAAAGCCCGCCACAUCUCCGAGUUCUACAUCAAGCCCGACGACCCGCACCGCCAGUACUCGCCCGGCGACAUCAUCACCGGCGCCGUCAUCCUCAAGGUCGUCAAGCCCAUCCGCGUCACCCACAUCGUCGUGUCGCUGCACGGCUAUGUCCAGGUCUACAAGAACCCCAACUCGCCCGGUGACGGCUACCGCUCGCACUACUCGGCGAUAGCCACCGGCAAAGGCAGCCGCAUCGGCGGCUAUUUCGGCAAUGGCUUCGCCUCGCUGUUCGAGGACGAGGUCGUGCUGUGCGGCGAGGGUCGUCUUGGCGAGGGAACCUACCAGUUCAACUUUGAGCUGGAGUUCCCCAGCAAGGGCCUCCCCAGCAGCAUCGAUUUUGAGCGAGGCACCAUCUCGUACAUGCUGACGUCAACAAUGACCCGUCCCACCACCAUCAUGCCCACUGCCACCUGCGACAGGAAAAUCUACCUGAUCGAAAGCAUAGACAUCGCUCCCUUGAUCCGUCCCAAGCCGAGAAUCGUCACCCUCGAACGCGUGUCCCGCCGGUCAAGGGCGAAAAGCAAGGUCAAAAAGGGCACUAACACCGGCUCGGGCUCCAACGGCGAAGGCUCCAGCGGCGACCAGUCCAACGGCCAGCCCCCGACCGAGCCUUCUCGCAGCAGCCGAGUCUCGGAGCUCAGCGAGGAGGUCGACACGCCGGGAAGCCCGGCCCCCAGCGACACGAGCUUCGAAAGCCAUUUUAGUAGUAGCCAAGGCGGCUCCUCCAACGCGUCGGGCGCACUAUCCGCAAGAGGGACCGAGAGCGGUAAGCAGGGCUCGAGCAAGAGCGUCUUCGUGGACAAGAAGCCCAUCACCGCUACCAUCGAGUUGUUGAAGGCUGGCUUCCUUCGCGGCGACAGCAUCCCGCUGAAAAUAUGUGUCAGCCAUACCAAACACGUCCAAAAUCUGCGCGGGAUCAUCGUCACUCUGUAUCGGCAAGCCCGGGUGGACAUGCACCCCGCGAUUCCCGUCGUAAUGAAUGCCAAAGGCGAGAAGGUCUCGAGCGAGGAUUACUACCCGAAAUCGAAGACGGGCCUCGGCGGAUUGUCUCUUUCUUCUGCUGGAUCCAGCCAUGUUUUCCGGAAAGAUCUCGCCCAGUCCUUUGCGCCUCUGAUCGUGGACCCUCGCACACGGACUGCCGAAGUGAAAGCAUCAGUGCGCGUGCCAGACGACGCCUUUCCUUCCAUCACAUCCGUUCCCGGGGCGAUGAUAUCCUUCAAAUAUUACGUCGAGAUUGUCGUGGACCUUCAAGGAAAACUCACCGGGCUGGAUAAGUAUUUUUCUAAUUCGGGCAUGAUGCUCGCCAGUGCUCCACAGCUCGGCAAAGCCGAGGAUACCAACUCUGGCGUCUUUUCGGCUUGGGGAGGCCAUUUUUUGGACACGGAGCCAUUGCGGAGGGACAAAGGCGUCGUGUCUUGCGUGUUUGAGGUGAUAGUUGGCACUAGGGACAGUGACCGGCGAAAAGGAAAGCGGAGAGCAACAUCCGACAACGAACUUGACCACCCUCUUUCCGUCAAUGGAGACGUGAACGAUCUGAAUGAGGAACGGUCUCAGCUCACAGGCUACGCAUCGCAGCAAGCUGCGCUCCCUCUGCAGACCGAGCAAGACAAUUACUACUACGGCCAGCCUCUCUACGGCGAAGGUUAUAGUGAAGAAGUACCGCACCCUUACGCUCAUCCGACAUAUCCCGUGUCAGACCUCACCAACGAAGAUGCACUGCCUGAAAAAGAACGGCUGCGUCGUGCAGAAGCACGUUUGAUGCCCAGCCAGCCACCAGUAGAAGGCGGCUCUUCCGCAGCUGACGCGAUUCACGUGCCCUCAGCACCCGUCAUUCCGGAGGAAAGGCCUAGUAUGAUGUAUCAGGCUGCAUCUUCAGCAGACGUUGCAGGCCCCUCCGCCCCUCCGCCGGUCGCAUUUGGGCCACCAUCUCCAACCGCCUCCGAGGAGACCGCCGCUCCAACGUAUGAAGAAAGGCAAGGAGAACCAAGUCACUCUUCUCAACCCGCAGCCACGGAUGACAAGCACGAACUCGCACGAAGGAGGCUUGAAAUGGAUAGGAGUGCACCAGACGAGGUGUUAAACGAGAGAGGAGCGGGUGACAAUGACAGUAGCCCAAGCGCUCCACCAGUUGUUACUCUCGCCCCUUCGGCACCUGUGCUCACGGAUGAGGAAUACGUCUUUCCUUCAACGCACCCCACUGACCUACCGAGAUACGAGCGGUGA